AUGUAAAACAAACAGACUCAAUUCUAUCUAUUAUCUCAUAAGAGUUCUAAAAGUGAAUGUGUUAAAAAAAAUAUCACAUUAGUAAACUAUUCAAUUCCUUGUAUAAAUUGUGAUUCUUUUAUUCCAGCUGCAGAUGUUGAUAAACAUACAUUAAUAUGUCAAGCUAAUUCACAUACUCAAAGUUCAAAAAUCAAAGAUGUAACAUCAAUUGAAGAGACAGAUAUUAAACUCAAAAAAAUUAGAUAAUCAAUUAUAAUCUAAUCUAAAGCAGAAACCAAUAUAAAUAAUAAAAAAUAUCUAAUUAGAGCAGAAGAGCUUUCUACUCAACUUCUUAAAUUAUAAAACCUUGAUGACAAAGAAUUCAGAAAAAUAUAGGAUAUUUCAGAGGAAAUUAAAAUGUUAACUGAGACUUAUAAAGGAGUUUUACUUGUUCAAUUAUUUUUAGAAAGAUUGCAUUCUUUAGCUUUAGUUAAGUAAUAAAAUAUGAAAUCUCUAUUAAAAGAAAAGUAUUAAUUGGUAAACAUUUAAUAAAAAAAAAACAUUGAAGAUCUUGAAUAAUAAUCAUUUAAACUCUUGAAAAAUGAGCAAACAAAAGAAUAAACAUAAUAAUCUAAUGGUUAUUUAUAUUCAACUAAUACUAAAUAAAAUAGAUAAAAUAAUAUAUUGAGAAAAACAUAAAUUACAAAAUUCUCUGGUGAAAACUAAAUAACACCUGGUUGUGAAAUAAAAUCAGAAAUAUUAACUAAAAUGUCGAGUUCAUAGUGUAAAGAAGAAAUUGAGGAAAAUUAUGAUGGUGAAAAUCCUAGUAAUAAUUAGAGAUUAUUUUAUUCUAAAUGUUUGAAUUUGAAAGCUUAAUUAUCUAAUAAUGAUCCUGCUCAAAAAGUUCCUAUUUGUAUUUUAUUUAAAGAAGUUCUCAGCAAAAAAAUUCCAAUAAAUUAAUGGAAUUAGUUUAUAUUAUCAGCUUUUAAUAAGCCAGCAUAAUAUUUAGAUUUUUAGAAAUUAAAUGUCUUAAAUUCAGCUGUUCAAUUCUAAAAUUCAGUUAAAUAAUUAACUAUUAAUAGUAAUUUCAAAGAGAGGUUGAGAAAUCUUAAAAUAAUAUGA